AUGGUCAUCACACGGAUUAGCCAGGAGCGCGUCGCGGCUGCGGCUCCGGCUCCCGGCGGGCGGCCAAACCCUCCACUCAAGAGGCGGCGGAACGAGGACGUGACCCCCGAGGAUCGGCCUGAGCCCCCGGGAGACGCUGCCGUGGCCUGCCGCCAGCUCCGCGCGCCUGUCAAGAAAAGUAAGCCGCCUCCGGUGGGUCGGCUUCGCAGCCGCGGCGAACCCAUGCGCCCUCUGGAGCGGCAGAUCUUCCGCGAUUAUGGGCAGAGCUGGUACCGCUUCCGAAAGGAGCUAGAGAGCAAGUUCCACCCGUUUGACCCGCUGGCGCAGCAGCCACAAAUAACUACAGAUGCCCGUUGCAAACUGAUCAGCUGGCUCAUUCCAGUACAUAAACAUUUUGGCUUUUCUUUCGAAUCCUUGUGCCUGACAGUAAACACUCUAGACCGUUUUCUCACAACCACCCCAGUGGCUGCUGACUGCUUUCAACUCCUUGGGGUCACUUCACUUUUCAUCUCUUGCAAACAGGUAGAAGUGCACCCACCAAAGGUGAAACAGCUCCUGGCCCUUUGCUGUGAUACUUUCUCUCGCCAGCAGCUCUGCAACCUGGAGUGCAUCAUUCUCAACAAGCUUCACUUCAACCUAUCAGCUCCUACCAUCAGUUUUUUUCUGGAACACUUCACCCAUAUGCGAAUGGAAGCAUGUGAAGCUGAUGUUUGGGAAGCCAACAAUGCCAAAGCUCUAGCAAAAGGUGUGGCUGAACUUAGCUUGGCCGAUUAUGCCUUCAACAAAUACAUGCCUUCCUUGUUGGCCGUCUGUUGCUUGGGGCUGGCUGAUCAGAUGUUGCAGCACCAGAAACCACUGGACUUGCACUUAAGUGACUAUCCAGAGGGAGUUUUACAAGACUGCUUGGACAAGUUACACUUACUGGUCUCUUUAAAUGAGGACUCUCUGCCUUUGGUACUACCUCCUGAGAUUUCAGAUCAGUGUCUGCACUUAGAAAAAUAA